AUGUGCCCUCGUCUUGGCGACGCCUACGCGCGCUCGGAAGCCGUGCUGGACGUGCGGGCGGACGUUGUUUUUAGUCGGUUGAGAAAGGUGGUAAAGUAUGGCCUUGAGACGUUGGAUGCUUCGGGGGGAAGGCUGGGCUUCCUGCCAGACGAGAUUCGAGAAAGGCCAGAGAUGGCCUGCCUCACAAAUCUCAACCUCAGCCGGAAUCAGCUGUUCAACAGCGAUCACGUCUUCGGCAUACUGCUGGGUCUAAAGAACCUCAAGAAGCUGGACUUGACAGACAACUUCUUCAACGGGGUCUUAUCGGCGGCGGCGGGAAGGCUUCGCGAGCUAGAGGAGCUACGUCUCGACGUCAAUCAGAUCACGGAGCUUCCGGCUGCGGUUGACAUGUGGACGGAGCUGCGCGUUUUCAGCAUAUCGCACAACGCUUUGACAGUUCUUCCGCCACAGGUCGGAGACUGGAGAAACUUGGAGGACCUUAACGUGCGCAACAACGACCUGAGAAUGCUGCCCCUUGAGAUGGGGAGGUGGGCCAAGCUGAGGCGGUUGCUUGCCGGUGGAAACGGCAUCCUUGAGGUCCCAGCAGAGGUGGGCGAGUGUUCGGAGCUGGAGGUCCUAGACCUUAGAGGAAAUACGCUCUCCGAGCUUCCCCCCGAGCUGGCUCGCUGCACGUCCCUGGCGCUGCUCCACGUCGGAGGCAACAAAAUCUCGGAGUUUGGGCCGGAGAUGUGCGAGGCCUUCGUGAACCUGCAAGAGCUCUACCUCUAUCGGAACAAGAUCACCUCCUUACCGCCGGAGGCGAUCCCGGCGGAGAUCGGUGCAUGCAGUGGGCUGGCGGAGCUGUACAUCAACAACAACCAGAAGUUCUCGUCAGUGCCGACGUCGAUAAGCGGUUUGAAGAUGCUGAGGGAGUUGUCGGCACGACGAUGCAAGGCACUCAAGUCAUUGCCGUCGGAGCUCGCCAAAUGCGAGAACCUCAAAGAGCUGGAUGUGAGGUCGGACAAGAAGCAAACGUGCAAGAUGACCCCAGAGUUUGCGGCUGCACUGAAAGUGCGCCGCUGCAACAUCAGAGGGGGGGUCAUCAAGAAGGGGAAGGGCAAAAAAGCGUAA